AUGACUUCCAGGGUCGAGUACAGUUCUCUUCGAAGAGACGUCUCCGACGAAGACCGGAACUCGGCCGAGAAGCCGUCUGCAGCAUCACCGAGCGGCCCGCCUCAACACGAUGGGCAUCACCAGUACCCGUACACUGGCUCAACAGCAGACCGCAUGUUUUCAUUCAAAGAUUUUAAGUUCUUGAAGAUCUACAUUGUCUGCAUCUCGGUCUAUGUCGCCGCUGCCAUUGCAGCCGUGAUUUGGACUUACCAGGGCCCCGAGGUCAACGGCGGAUACACCCGAAGUCGAGUCUUCCGGACACCAGACGAGUUGAAGGUCAACCAGCUCUACUCCGGCUUGGCCCUCUCCGCCCUACUCGCACCGGCAGGCAUGCUGGUUCAAUGGAUCAUGCACGACUUCCGGCAUCUGCGCCUUUUCGCACUCACAGCUCAGAGGCACGUUUCUCUAGCUGACCUAGACAAAAUCGGGGACGACUCGAGCGCGUGGACUUUGAGAAUUCUGGGAAAGUACUCGUGGUGGUAUGCGGUUAUGCAAGCUGCGCUCAUCGUCAUCCGAACCAGCAUCGUUCCUGUGGGCACCCUAAUGCUCACCACCGGGGUUUUUGUUGAAAAUAGACCCGGAUUCGAUGUUGUUGGACUUCCGAUCUUACCCUCCGACGACUCGAGCGUACGACGACUUGCCAAUGCGAUGGGGUGGGAUGGGAACGGGACAUUCGCUCAAACACUGAACGAUAACGACAAUUUCUUGGCCCAAACCGUGUACACCUUUGUUGGGAAUAUUGUCAGCCAGAGCGCGCUGGUCGACGUUUUUUCUGGUGUCAUCGGCCCCAUCCCCACGCAUAAUCUCACCUUCAACUCCAAUACAACCUAUAACGGACUUCUGCUGUAUCACUGGGACGCCAACUGCGAGGCUGCCCUCGAUGUGCCUUACACAACGUCCUUGAAUGGUUCAAAUGCAACCUACACCUUUACGAUGCCAGACUCAAGUACGCAGUCCAUCAACAAGAGAGAGUCUCAGUCUCUGAGGCUCUGGAACAGCAGGGCAAAUACCUCCAUCAACGGGGUACCGAUCAGCGGUACAACGUACUUUAUAUCAGCUGGCCCUUCAUCAGCUCUCAACAGCAAGGCCCUUACGGAAAGCAACGACACUAGCCUGACACAGACGAAAGAGGGUCAUUGGAUUUCUCGGUCUAGAUGCACACCGGAGUUCCGUUGGGAGGUUGGUUCGUGUAUGUUCAACGGCACGCUCAUGACGAACUGCGAGGGCAAACCCAACACCAACACAACGGCCCUGGACACCGACGCGCUCGACAAACUUGCAGAUUACAUGACGGCCAUCCCGUGGUGGAUCUCAAACGAGCAGCUUCAAAUCAUUGACAAGACGCUCGAUACUUUGUACGCCAUUCCUACAGCGCAGGACUGGGGUCACUUCUUUGGCAACAUCGCUCAGUCAAUUGCUGCCAUCUCAACAGCGGGAUAUUUUGGCACAGCAACGGUGCCGGUGGUGACUGCUGUCUCGGAAGAUGUCUACAUCAUGCGGACAGUAGUCUUGUGGGUCGUGUUGGCUAUGCUGUCUGCUGUUCUCAUCUUCAGCUGCUUGGAUAUCUACCGGAGCAAGUCACGAGGCUUGCCGUUCCGUGCUGCAACUUUCCUGGCAAUCGCGAAUGCUGUUCGGGGGCCAUGGUGGGAUCAAGAGCUGCAUGGGAGUUGCGCUGCCCCCGAGGUGGCGAUGCAGAAGCGGAGCUCAUCAUCUGUCAGAUUCGGUGUUGAUGUGAAUAAUCCGUAUCACAUCGGUCUAUUGCCGAGUGUUUUGCCCAUUCAAAGGGGGACGCCAUACUUUGGUGUAAGAAACAGCAGAGAAGAUGGGGGCGAACCGGGGUCUGUGCAGUGA